AAAUUAAUAAACUAAUAAUGACCUGUGAAUCCCAAGUACAAUUCAAAACAACAAAAUUUAAUCAUUGAUUAAAGUUACAAUACAGGUAGCCAUGCAAGGAAACCAAUUAACAUCACCGCCAUUGGCCAAGUUCCCGCCAAAUUCUAGCGUCACUCUUCAUUUUAUCGGUUGCACUGUUUUACUCACGUUCACUUUUCUGUAAAUUUUAAACUGCUUAUCCUAUUAAUAACUGAACAAGGUCACAAAAUAACUCGAACAUAAUAUUAAAGUUAUAGACAAAAUUAAUGAAAAAAAAGUUUAACAAAUUUUACAAGGAAAAAUGGUUCGCCGAAAGUCCGAAGCAAGAUCCUUAUCUACGAGCAGAUCUGACAUAUCGAACAAACCUGGACCUAGUCAAGGAACUAGUCAGACAUCUAUACUGGUAAACAGAAAUGUCAAAAAACGAAGAACAAUGCGCGCAUUACAAGAAAUCAGAUAUUUGAGGCGUACCACAAAAUUGCUCAUACCUAAGCAGCCAUUUUCACGUCUUGUCAGAGAAAUACUUCAUGAAGUAUUUCCCAGGUUGGACAUUACGCGAAUCCAGGCAUCUGCGUUAGAGGCUCUCCAAGAAGCGGCAGAAACAUAUUUGGUGGCAUUUUUUGAAGAUGCAGUCCUCUGUGCAAUACAUGCAAAACGCGUUACCUUAAAACCAGUAGAUAUGGUCCUGGUGCGGCGGUUAAGAGGACGAGACGAUGUGAUAAACAGAUAAUAAUUAUUGAUGAAUUUCAUUUUUGUAAAUCUUUAAGUCAUUCUGACGUUGGUUGCCUUAUGUACCUAUCUUAACUGUAACUUAUAGGAAAAUAUUGACAGUUGACUUGCUUUGCGAAAUUUGUAUUCUAACUUGGUGCCCGUCAAGCAGCCGAUUAGCGCUAGAAGGAAACCAGUGUAUUUUGUAAGUGUAAUUGUAAUAUAAGAGACGAGUAUUAACUUUUGCUAAAUAAAAUUUAUUUAAGAGAAACAUU